CUGCUAAAAUAGGGAACUUUGCAGCCAUGGUAUAAGGAUGGAGAAUCAUUAUUGCUGCUUUUCCUUUUUAAAUAUAGCCAAUUAAUAAUUUUUAAAAGCUGUCCAUCAUUAGUCUUUAUUCACAUUGAGUAAGAUCUGGUGUAAUUCUUACCAUGCCCUUUUAAGGUAUUUCAAAUAAGUGGACUAUUCCUCAACUUUAAACAAAACAUUUUCACAGAAAUUUAUGUACUAAGACAAAUUGACAAAUUUUAACUCAUACAAAUUACCCCUUUAAUGAAAACUUCAUUGGAGAAAUAAGAACUCUCUCUGUGUAUAUGUAUGCAUAAAAGGGCGUGAAAACCUUUGGUAGCUGAACUGUACUGGGCGAUCAACGCUAUUUAUAAACGUUUCCUACAUCAGAGUGUGCUCUUGUAUUAGGGGCCUUUAUUUGACCUUUUUAAGGGUAUACGCAGUUAUUUUUGUUUUUUCUUCUACAAGCUUACCGUUCAGAGGUUUCAAAUUGAAUUCCUUUGUGAUGUACCUUAAGUUUCAGUGUCCUUUGACAUCCAGGAAGAGUACAGAGACUCCUCUGAAUCGAUGAAGUUGCUAAAUAGGUGAGGCAAGUGAAAUAAACUUUCUUGUUACGGGUUUGUAUUUGGCUAGACUCAAGUCUCCGAGAACAUGCCUUGACAAAGUUAUAUAAAAAGAAAAUGAGUAUUUUAUAUAGAGAAGUACCUGUCACAUACCGUUAGGGUUCUCACAUAGGUGAAAUUAUGGGUGUUAAAUCUGAUCGUUCAUGUUGUUGAGGUAAACAUUAAAAUUUUAGGAGCCUGUUUUAAAUAUGGUUUGUUAGUGCACUUGAACUUUUUAGGGUUCAUGAAUGUAUGGAAGUUAGUUGUAUUUCAUUGUCUAACUCCAAAGCCUUUGGUAUAGUGUUGAUUUGUGAGUGGAUUCCAAAAUGAUGAUUUAGCGUAUAUCAGUUAUCCUAACGAGGCCAAAGUUGUAUUUUUAAUUAGAGGUGCUAGUUUCUUUAUGAAGUCCCUGAGUGGCACAUACGGUUCAGUGCAUGGCUACUAACCAAAACCAUGAAUCCACCCAGGGGCACCUUGAAAGUCUGACAGUCUACAUCUGAAAGGUCACAGACAUUGAAAACCCCAUGGAACACAAUUCUCUGAAACACAGGGUUGGCAUGAGUAGCAAUCAACUUGACGGCAACCGGGAAGAAAAAACUGGAAAGUUAUAUUGUUACCACAGUACCAUAGCCUUUAAAAAAAGGUUCCAUGGUUAGUAUAGGACAGUACUUCACUACCAUUACUGGAAAAGAGAGUCAAAUAAUGCAUAUGAAGUGUUUAAAUGAUCAUUGCUAUGAACAUUUUUAGGUGUUUUAUUUUUACAUCAGUGAACGGUUUUGCAGCAGUUUUAAAAUGAGGGUAAUCUUGAUUCUUGCCGGUAGAAAAGAGUUGAACAAGUGGGCUUAAAUGCUGUUAUUCCGUCCUCAAUCAAAAUUGGAUUUUUCUUAAUCUCUUGGGGCCCCCGCAUCUUCCUGACUCAAUAAAAAUGAGACCUCCCUUUAAGAAGAACAGAUGAUGGUAUACCUUACAAUUAGGUGAUGUGAAAAGAUUGGCACUCAGAGCAUGAACUGUGUGAUUGGCAAUGGUAACUUGAAACUAUUGAAGUAGUUGCGAAUUUCAAGGAACCCAAAGAGCCACAAUAAAGAAUAUGACUCUCCAGAAGAGUGGUUUCCUUACAACUUUAGUCCUCCUUCAACUGUGGAAGAUAGUUCCGUUUCCUCUUAUUUGUACUAGAAAGGAAAAACUCAACACUUUUUUUCCUGAAAGCUUCCAGAGUACUUGUAAGGCUGCCAUGGGGAUAUGUAAAUACAGUUGAUCUUUUUAAAGUCGCAUACCAUCACCACACUCAUGCAUAAGAAUAUAAUAAAGUACAAAAGUUAACAACAGUUAAUGCCAAUAUACAGUUAUCAAAAUGAGUUGCAGAAAUAGGUGGAGUCAUUUUUACUUAACAUGAACUGAGAAGUCCAUAUUCUGAGUACUCUAGAAAAGUUCAAGUACUGCAGUGAGGGAAUUUUCCAGCUGUGGGAAAUGACCAUUUAUCUUUAAGAUUUAAUUUGAACUUUUAAAUUCAAUUGGAAAAUAGAACUGGAGUGGAAAACUGAUAGUUUUUUAUUUGAAAGGAAAAGAACACAAUGAUUUAUCGUAAAAUACGUUGUGGUAUUGCGGUAAUAGACUGCUUUUCAAAGUCUAUUUUGUUUCCGUUGAUACCAUCUUCCAAACUUAAACAUGUAUGAUAUUUGUCCUUUCCAAACAGUCAGGCUCAGGAGGAGGACUUAAUUCUACAGCUCUAAGAUUUCUGGAAUCCCAACUUUUAGAUACAGAACUCCAGUCGCAGUGUGGGGAGAUAAGUGUUUAGGAAGAAAUGACAAUGUAACUGUUAGGGAUGUCUGUAUAUCUGUAGGCCUUACCCUUUUUCGAGUGAGUUAGGCUAGAAAUAAUCAGGAAUAUGCAUGACACGGUUUCCCGUAGUAACUGCCUGGUACUUCUAAAGAUUAAAUGUGUGCACUGGUUCUCCCCUACCUGACCGUCUAAUUCAUUCAGGAUGUAUAAGCCUGUCUUUAAAUGUCAGCACAUCAUUUAUAUGAUGUUGAGACAUACCUCUCUCUUCUAAACACUGAUUGGGAAAUAUCCAAAUUUAAGAAACUGUUUCUUUAGGUACAUGUUAUGUUGUCUGUCAUUAAAAAAAAAAAAUGUAUAUAUAUAAUUUUCUGGUAGUCUUAAAAACUGUCAGUCCUACACUCUCUUAACACUAGAAAUGAACAGAUCGAUUCAUGGCCACACAUGUGCAGAGAAUAACUGUAUAAGGUUUUCAAGGCUCUGGCCUUUCUUAAGCAGAUCGCUAGAGCUGUCUUUGGAGGCGCCUCUGGGUGGGUGAGUUUGAACCUUUUAACUAGUCUAACACUUAACUGUGCCACUCUGGACUCCUAAGGAAAAAGAGCAGAACCAUAAUGAAAAAUGGUAUAAUGGGCUGAAAAGAAAACUCAGUCGUGCCUGGCUAAGUAAUACCCAGGAGCAUCACUGUAUGGCAGCACUACAUAGAAACACAGUGUUAAUCCUGACUCAGAAAAGGAUUGGUUGAAAAUGUGUGAUUAAUAAAAAUUUUCUUAAAGUUCCAGAGGUUAAAGCGUUAAACACAAGUCUUGGAAAAUCUAUUCUGAUACCUCAGACCGUCCCAGUAAUGAAUCUACUUAAAAAUUCAUCAAGGAAUAUGACUACUACCUCACUGUGGAAAAAUCAGUUCCACUUUUCACUUUUGUAACACCAAAUGUGAGGAUCAAAUCUAUGCAAUCUAGUAAGAGUUCUCUUCCACUGUGUUCUGGUAACAACUGCACAUGGAAUACUUUUUUCUCUGAUUGUAACCACCAGGAGUUAGACCUCACAAGGGCUACAGUCUUCCAGACUGCCAAAUCUACCAGAGGCCCCACGCCACUGCAAGCUUGAGAGUGGCCACUGACACCGUUUCUGGCCUGCCGGCUAUAAAUUUGGGGAUCCCCAGGCUCCCCCUCACUUCCAACCCGCUAACUACAAAAUCGCGAUUUCCUUCUACCCACACAAGAUACCAGCUCAGGAUCCCCAGGCCUCCACUUCUGAUCUGCUGGCUCCCACUACUCCCUCGAGUUUGAUACUUUGUUAGAAUGACUCACAGAACUCAUGCAAAGUGCUAAAAUGAUGACUUUUUUUUUUUAAAUAGGAAAAAGGAUACAAAUGAGACUUACAGGGUGAGGUCUGGGUUCCCAACUCAGAGCUUUCAUGCCCCAACAGGCUACCCUUCCAAAGAGCUUCUCUGUCCAGAGUCUUUACUGGGGCCGCAUUGCAUGAUAAUCUGCUGGUAAUCACGACAUCAGCUAGGCACCUUAUUAGCAUAAACUCAGGUGUGGUCUGGAGGCCUCAAGAGACACUUCAAUGGCUGGGAAAAUUCCAAGGUUUCGGAGUUUUUCUUAGGAACACAGGACAAAGACCAAGUUACUGUUUUUUUUUUUUUUUUUUGAUGUAUUUGUUGUGCUUUAGGUGAAAGUUUACAGAUCAAGUCAGUCUCUCAUACAAAAAGCCAUACACACCCUGCAGUGCACUCCCAGCUGCUCUCCCCUUAGUGAGACAGCAUAUUCCUCUUUUCCACCCUGUAUUCCUUGUGUCCAUUCAACCAGCUCCUGCCCCCUUUUACUUCUCAUCUCGCCACCAGACAGGAGUCACCCACAUAGUCUCAUGUGUCCACUUGAGCCACGAUGUUAACUCCUCACCAGCAUCAUUGUCUGUCUCAUAGUCCAGGUCAAUCCCUCUCCAUAGAGUUGGUUUCAGGAAUGGUUCCAAUCUUGGGCUAUCAAAGGGUCUGGGGUCCAUGACUGUCAGGGUCCCUCCGGUCUCAGACCAUUAAGCCUGUGUUUUUAUGAAAAUUUAAGAUCUGCAUCCCACUGUUCUCCUGCUCCAUCAGGGAUUCUCUGUUGUGUUCCCUGUCAGGGCUGAGACUGGUGAUAGCUGGACACCAUCAAGUUCUGGUUUCAGGCUGAUGGAGUCUCUGGUUUAUGUGCCCCUUUCUGUCUCGUGGGCUCAUAUUUAUCUGUGUCUUAGGUUUUCUUCAUUCUCCUUUGCUCCAGGUGGGUUGAGGCCGAUUGAUGCAUCUUAGAUGGCCACUUGCUAGCACUUAAGACCCCAGACACCUCUCACCAAAGUGGAAUAUAGAACAUUUUCUUAAAACAUUUUGUUACGCCAAUUGACCUAGAUGCAAAGACCAAAUUCUUGAGGUAAAGUUAAAUGUAAACCCCACACUCAGAAGAGGGAUUUCAAGAAUAAAACUUUUGGAAUUUCUGGCAUAAGAUGUCAUAAGGCACAGGAAGAUAAGAUACCGGAGAAUCGCUCAGUGAAAGAUAGAUGAAUACGAAUCUGAAAGUUAAGUAACUUUCAGUGCUAUCAUUAAUUCCUAACUAUGAACAAACCUUUUAAGUUUGUUUUAAAUACUAAGUUUUAAAUAUCACUUUUUCCUCAAAUUCUCCAGUUUAUUAUACGAAUUUCUCUUGCUACUUCACAAUUAGAAUACUCCAAAAGAUAACUGCAAACUUAAAUAAUGGCGGGGAGGGGGACUAGCUGUCUUUGAGUGGAUUCCAACUCAUAGCAACCCUAUAAAACAGAGUAGAAAUGCCCCACAGGGUUUCUGAGGCUGUAAAUCUUUGUAUGGAAGCAGACUAUAGAAGGGCAAAAAUUCUGAAGGUACUUUGUGAAUGAUAAGUUUUGUUUUAUUAGUGCAUCCUGAAAAAGGCUUCAGUAGCUGCUUCCAAGUCCCAUGUUUCAAGGAAUUUUUCUAUUCUGGUCCUAUUUAUUAUGUCCUCUGCUUGAUAUGGAAUGGGAGGAGGCUAUAACAUCGGGAUUCAUUCACCUGCUAGGGCAAAAGGGGAGGGAUGAGAAACUUGAGAACACUGGGUCUUCCAUGUAGGAUUGCUGAUAUAUUUGCCUUUUUUUGUGUUGUCCAUCACUCACUGCCCCUACUUUCAUCCUUACCCAGCUCAAACUACAGGCCCAUCCGAAACCCAAAGGGUCAUUCUUGUUUCCUAAAUUUUAUUGUUGUUCGAGAAUAUACACAGCAAAACAUACACCAAUUCAGUAACACUGAUUACCAUCUUAGAGUUGUGCAACCAUUCUCACCCUCCUUUUCUGAGUUGUUCUUCCCCCAUUAACAUAAACUCACUGGCUUCUAAGAUUUCUGUCUAAUCUUUCAAGUUGCUGUUGUCAAUUUGAUCCCAUAUAGAUAAUUCUUAAAAGAGCAUAAUGCUCAAGGCAGAUUUUUUUUUUUUUUUUACCAGUUAAAGUAUUGUUCAGUUUUAAGAAGACUUUAGGGGAUAUUGUUGUUGUUAGGUGUCAUCGAAUUGGUUCCGACUCAUAGCAACUGUACGCGCAACAGAAUGAAACACUGCCCGGUUCUGCACCACCCUCACGAUCAUUAUGUUUGAACCCAUUGUUGCAGCCACUGUGUCAAUCCAUCUCAUCAAGGGUCUUCCUCUUUUUCGCCAACCCUCUACCGAGCAUGAUGUUCUGAUAACAUGUCCAAAUUACGUGAGACCAAGUCUCACCAUCCUCACUUCCCAGGAGCGCUCUGGCUGUAUUUCUUCCCAGGUAGACCUGUUCAUUUUUCUGGCUGUACACGGUAUAUUCAGUAUUCUUUGUCAACAUCAUAAUCCAAAGGCAUCAAUUCUUUCGUUUUCCUUAUUUAUCGUCCAGCUUUCACAUGCCUGUGAGGCAAUUGAAAAUAUCAUGGCUCGGGUUAGGUGCACCUUUGCUUUUUAACACUUUGAAGAGAUCUUGCAGCAGGUUUGCCCAAUGCAAUAUGUCGUUUGAUUUGAUUUCCUGAUUGCUGUUUUCAUGGGUAUUGAUUGUGGAUCCAAGUAAAUAGAAAUCCUUGACGAUAUCAAUCUUUUCUCCAUUUAUCAUGAUGUUGCUUAUUGGUCCAGUUGUCAGGAAUUUUUUUUUUUUUUCUUUUUUUUUAUGGUCCCCACAGCCCUCAGCCCAGUAAUUCAGUCCCUCAGGGAGUUUGGAUGUGUCUAUGGAGCUUUUUAUGGAGCUUACAUGACCUUGCCUUGUACAAGUUGUACUGGCUUCCCCAUUAUUGUGUAUUGUCUUACCUGUCACUAAAGUUACCACUUAUCUACUGUCUAUUUAGUGUUUUUCCAACCCCACUCUUUCCCUCCCUCGUAACCAUCAAAGAUUGUUUCUUUUUGUGUGUAAACCUUUUCAUGAGUUUUUACACUAAUGGUCUUAUACAAUAUUUGUCCUUUUCUGAUUGACUUAUUUCACUUAGCAUAAUGCCCUCCAGAUUCAUCCAUGUUGUGAGAUACUUUGCAGAUGGAUCAUUGUUCUUUAUCAUUGUAUAGUACUCCAUUGUGUAUACGUACCAUAGUUUGUUUAUCCAGUUAACAUUUAUUUUCUGUUUUUGUGAUUCAUGCCAGUAAUGUCGGGUGAGAUGGUAUGUCAUUGUGGUUUUGAUUUGCAUUUCUCUAAUGGCUAGUGAUCGAGAGCAUUUCCUCAAGUGUCUGUUAGCUGCUUGAAUGUCUUCUUUGGUGAAGUAUCUGUUCAUUUCCUUUGCCCAUUUUUUAAUUGGAUUAUUCGUCUUUUUGUUGUAGAGGUAUUGGAUUUUCACGCAGAUUUUAGAGACCAGAGCUUUGUUGAAUUUGCCAUAGCCCCCAAAUUUUCUCAUUCCCUUUGGUGAAGUCUUUUGAUGAGCCUAAGUGUUUAAUUUUUAGAAGAUCCCAGUUAUCUAGCUUGUCUACUGGAGUUUGUGUGUUGUUAGUUAUGGUUUGUAUCCUGUUAAUGCUGUGUAUUAGGGCCUCUAGGGUUGCUCCUAUUUUUUCAUCUAUGAUCUUUAGAGUUUUUGGUUUUAUAUUUAAGUCUUUGGUCCAUUUUGAAUUUGUUUUUGUGUAUGGUAUGAGGUAUGGGUUCUGUUUCAUUUUUUUGCAGAUGGACAUCCAGUUUUGCCAGCACCUUUUGUUAAAAAGACUGUGUUUUCCCCUAUUUGAUGAACCUCGGGCCCUUGUUGAAGAUCAGGUAGGAUUUUUUUGUUUUCAUUAUGUUGAAGUAUAAUCCAUACUGAAGGCUGCAGUCUUUGAUCUUCAUUGCUAAGUGCUUCACAUCCUCUUCACUUUCAGCAAGCAAGGUUGUAUAAUCUGUGUAUUGCGGUUGUUGAUGAGUCUUUCACCAAUCCUGAUGCUACAUUCUUCAUAUAGUCCAGCUUCUCGGAUUAUUUGCUCAGCAUACUGAUUGAAUAAGUAUUGUGAAAGGAUUCAACCCUGAGGCACACCAACCAUGCAGUGGUAAAUCCCUGGCUUUGUUCGAACGACUGCCUCUUGGUCUAUGUACAGGUUCCUCCUGAGUACAAUUAAGUGUUCUAGAAUUCCCAUUCUUCAUAAUGUUUUCCAUAAUCUAUGAUCCACACAGUCGAGUGCCUUUGCAUAGUCAAUAAAACACAAGCAAACAUCUUUCUGGUAUUCUCUGCUUUCAGCCAGGAUCCAUCUGACAUCAGCAGUGAUAUCACUUGUUCCACAUCCUCUUCUGAAUCCAGCUUGAAUUUUUGGCAGGUCCCUGUCGAUGUACUGCUGCAAUCAUUCUUGAAUGAUCUUCAGCAAAAUUUUACUUGCUUGUGAUAUUAAUGAUAUUGUUUGAUAAUUUCCCCAGUCUGCUUUUAGAAUAAUUUUUGCAUUUCUGUUUUCCGGAUUCUUUAGGGGAUAGUAUUGGUUUAGGGUUUUAAGAUGAUCUCAGUGCAAUAGUUUCAGGGGUUUGUUCACCCUCCCUAGCUGUAGGAAGUCUGGAGUUCAUGAAUAUUUGAAAUUCUGUUCUGCAUUUUCCCCCUUUGGAUCAGGAUUCUUCUGUGGAAACUUUGAUCAAAAUAUUCAGUAAUGGUAGCCAGGCAGCCUCCAGUUCCUCUGGUCUCAUGGCAAAGGAGGCAGUUGCUCAUGGAGGCAAUUAAUCACAUAUUCCAUAUCCUCCGAUUCCUGACUCUCCUUCCUCUGUUGCUCCAAGUGAAUAGAGACCAACUGUUGUGACUUUGAUGACUGCUUGCACGUUUUUAAGACCCUAAGCACUAAAUGAACCCUGGUGGCAUAGUGGUUAAGAGCUAUGGCUGCUAACCAAAAGGUUGGCAGUUCAAAUCCACCAGGUGCUCUUUGGAAACUACGGGGCAGUUCUACUCUGUCCUAUAGGGUCGCUAUGAGUCGGAAUCGACUUGACGGCAGUGGGUUUUAAGCACUAAUCAAUGAAUUAGGAGGUAGAACAGAAGCACUAAACUAAUUAUUAGGCCAAUUAACUGGGAUGUCCCAUGAAACCAUGACCCUAAAUCUACAAACCAAGGAACAAAAUCCAUGAGUUUGGUUGUACAUUAGCAACCUCAGAGCAACACAUACUCUUUCUCUCUUUUUUGUCAUUGUGAGUAUAUCUAUCACACAACUUUUGCCAAUUCAACUUUUUACAGGUGUCUAACUCACAAUAAUUGGCUGUGCAACCCUACCCUUAAUGCUAUUUUUCCAUCACCAUUAACCCCUUUUCCCUCCACCCCCACCACUGGUAACCACUAAUAAACUUUGGUCUCUGUAUAUUUGCCUUGUCUUUUUAUAUAAGUAAGAUCAUACAGUAUUUGUCCUUUUGUGAUUGGCUUAUUUCACUCAGUAUAAUGUCUUUAAGCUCUAUCCAUACUGUAGCAUGUAUCAAGACUUCAUUUCUACUGGUUGAAUAGUAUUCAAUUGUGUGUAUGUACUACAUUUUGUUUAUCCAUUCAUCUGCUGAUGGGCAUUUAGGUUGCUUCCACCUUUUGGCUAUUGUGAAUAGUGCUGCAAUAAGUGUUGGUGUACAAGUCUCUUUUUGAGUUUCUGCUUUCUUUUGAGUAUAUACCUAGAAGUGAAAUUGUUGGGUCAUAUGGGAGUUCUAUUUUUAGUUUUUUGAGGAACCACCACACUUUUCCACAAUGACUGUGCCAUUUUGUAUUCCCACCAGCAGUGGGUAAGGGUUCCAAUUUUCCCACAUCCUCACCAACAUUUGUUAUUAUUAUUUGUAUCUAAGCCAUCCUGGUGAGAGUGAAAUGGUAUCUCAUUUUGGUUUUGAUUUCCAUCGCUCUGAUGGCUAAUGACACUGACCAUCUUUUCCUGUGUUUGGUGGCCAUUUGAAUGUCCUCCUUGCCUAUUUUAUGUUUGGGUUAUUUGUUGUUGUCAAACUUUUAUAUAUAUAUUGGUUAUUGGAUUCUUGUUGGAUAUAUGGUGCCUUAGUUAUCUAGUGCUAUAACAGAAAUACCACAAGUAGAUGGCUUUAACAAAGAGAAAUUUAUUUCCUCACAAUAAAGUAGGCUAAAAGCCCAAAUUCAGGGCAUCAGCUCGAGGGAAGGCUCUGGAGGAAGGUCCUUCUCAUCAAUCUUCCCCUGGAUGAGGAGCUUCUCUGCACAGGAACCCUGGGUCCAAAGGACAUGCUCUGCUCCCAGCACUGCUUUCCUGGUGGUAUAAGCUCCCCUGUCUUUCUGCUCAUUUCUCUCUUUUAUAUCCCAAAAGAAACUGGCUCAAGACACAGUCCAAUUCCGUAGAUUGAGUCCGGCCUCAUCAACACAGCUGCAGCUCAUCCUCCCUCACCGACAUAAUAGAGGCAGGAUUUACAACACAUUGGAAAAUCACAUCAGAUGACAAAAUGGUGGACAAUCACACAAUACUGGGAAUCAUGGCCCAGCCAAAUUGAUACACACAUUUUUGGGGGACAUAAUUCAAUCUAUAACAUGUGCUUUCCAAAGAUACUCUCCCAGUUGGUAGCUUGUCUUUUCACUGUUUUGGUAAAGCCUUUUGAUGAACAAAAGUUUUUAAUUUUUAUGACAUUCCAUUUACUUAUUUUGUCUUUUGCUGUUUGCGUUUUUUAUUAUAUUAAAUAAUCCAUUGUUAAAAGCUAGGCCGGACAGCAUUUCUUCUGCAUUUUCUUCUAAGAAUUUUGUGGUUUCAGUUUGCACAUUUAGGUCCUUAAUCCAUUUUGAAUUUGUUUUUGUGUAUGGUGUGAGGCAUGGGCCCUGUUACAUUUUUCUGCAUGAGGAAAUCCAAUUUUCCCAAAACCCUUUAUUGAAGAGACUCUUUUCCCAUCGAAUGGACUUAGCACCUGUCUUAGUCGUAUAGUGCUGCCAUAACAGAAAUACCACAAGUGGAUGGCUUUAACAAAGAGAAAUUUAUUUUCUCACAGUCUAGUAGGUUACAAGUCCAAAUUCAGGGGAAGGCUUUCUCUCUCUGUCGGCUCUGGAAAAAGGUCCUUGUCCUCAAUCUUCCCCCGGUCAAGGAGCUUCUCAGGCACAGGGACGCCAUGUCCAAAGGAAGUGUUCUGCUCCUGGUGCUGCUUUCUUGGUGGUAUGAGGUUCCCAACUCUCUGCUUGCUUCCCUUUCCUUUUAUCUAUUGAGAGAUAAAAGGUGGUGCAGGCCCCACCCCAGGGAAACUCCUUUACAUUGGAUCAGGGAAGUGACCUGAGGAAGGGUGGUGUUACAAUCCCAACAUAAUCCUCUUUAGCAUAAAUUAUAAUCACAAAAUGGAGGAUAGCCACACAAUACUGGGAAUCAUGGUCUAACCAAAUUGACAUUUUUCUGGGGACACAAUUCAAUCCAUGAUAGCACCCUCAUCAAAAAUCAUUAUAGAUGUGUAGGUUUAUUUCUGGAGUCUCAAUCCUUUUCCAUUGGUCCAUGUCUUAGUUAUUUUAGUGUUGCUAUAAUGGAAAUACCAGAAGUGGAUGGCUUUAACAAACAGAAAUUAAUUUUCUCACAGUUUAGUUGGCUAGAAGUCCAAAUUCAGAACACCUGGUCUAGGGGAAGGCUUUCUCUGUUGGCUCUGGAGGAAGACCCUUGUCUCUUCAGCUUCUGCUUCCUGGUUUCUUGGAGAUCUCCAUGUGUCUUGGCAUAUGUCUUCCCCUGCCUCUGCUUCUCUUUCUUGCUUGUUUAAUCUCUUUUAUUUCUCAAAAAAGAUUGAUUUAAAAUACACCCAACACUAAUUCUAUCUCAAUAACAUAACAAAGAUAACUCAUUCCCAAAUGGGGUUAGAACCACAGGCAUAGAAGUUAGGAUUUACAACAGUUAUUUUGGGGGGACACAAUUCAAUCCAUAACAGUUUGUGUUAUCUAUUGUUAUUCCAGUACCAAGUUGUUUUGAUUACUGUAGCUAUAUAGUAUGUUUCAAAAUAAAAAAUUGAGUCCUCCAGGGUGUCAUUCUUGAUUAUCUAUUUUCUCUCACUCCAUAUCCAAUUAUUUUGUGGAACAAAUAUUCAUUCAAUGCUUAUUAUACACCAGUCACUCUUCUAAAGCACUGGAAAUACAGCAUGAAUGAAAACAACGUUCCUGUUCUCUUACAAUGUAGUUUGGUGGUAGGGGGAGCAUAAAUAAAUGUGUUGAUUAGUAUUAUAAAGAAAAUAAAUCAGGGAAGAGAGUGAAGAGGGAUGCCAUUUAUAUAUGGUGUUCAGAGAAGCCUCUCUGAAGUCUCCAAUAGGAUGUAAACUCCAGGAGGGGACAAUUACCUGCCUUGCUCAUUACUGCCAUUUCCUGUGCUUCCAAAGGUGCAUGGCACACAGUAGACUUUCAGUAUUAGUUGAAUGGAUGAAUAAGUGAUGUGGACCACAGAGGAGCAGUUAAAAAUCCACUCAGUUUUUGUUAUGUAGGUCAUCAAAAGGCAUCAUUGAUCUUAAGUUGUCAUGUCACUCCAACGCACCUCUCCUCUUGAAAUACCAGAAGAGGAAGCCGUUGUCUUUCAUGACGCCAGUAAGUCACGUCAAAUCAGAAUUGAAAAUUGGGAAAUUACCACACUUUACUCAUUACUACCAUCCUCACCUAGGUCAGGGCAGUGUCCGUCCCACAUUUGGUAAAAAAGCCCGGGACAAAGGACUCCUCACUACUGCAAAGCUGCAAACCUUCGAGGGCAGUGCUUGGCUUCUGCUUGUCCCAAAGGCAUUUAAUAUAUAUUCGCUGAAUGAACUAGUGAAAGACCAAAAAAUAAAUCGUGACCCUCCGCAGCAUGAGAGCAGCCCCGCUUAGGGUCUGGGUUUACCGGGCGACACACUCUCCCUGGGAAGAGCCAUGUGGGUCACGAACUCGGGAACAAGGCCAGCCUUUGAGAGCAAGCGGAACCCUCAACCGGUGUCCUCCGCGUGUGUCAGCUCCGGCGCGACCUGCCCCGCCCAUUAGCUGCCUAUUGGCUUCUAUUGGCUGCCUCAUGAAAGACCCGCCCCCUCGGGGGAGGAGAAACGCGGCGAUCCCCCGCCGUCCUCCAACGACCAAUCAUAAGAAGCCACCUUCGGCUUUGUCCAACGAGAGCGGGCAAGGUCAUCCGACCCGCGGAGUUUGAUUUUCCCCCAGGACAACUUCUGAGUUCCGGGUACGCGGAGGCAGCGGGCCGAUCCCGGAAGGGAGGGCAAGUUCCUGGGGUAUCGGGAGGAGGGCAGCCGCGCCUCCCGCGGUGCUACCCCGGCUGAGCAGGGGGCUGCUGGACGAUCCCCGGGGACCACAUCGUGCCCUGGUUGGGCGUGGGUUCCCGCCUUUGCCCUGGGCGGGCGGCGGACGCCGGGACUAGCACACGCUGGGCUUCGACUGAUGAUUCGGAGACGGGCCCCUGUAACAGUAGCAGCUCGACGUCUUCGUGGUGACCGGGGCGCUCAGCUGUGGAGUAAGGUGAGCACGGCGACUGUGCUGGCUUUGGAGCGCCCCCGAGGAAGCUUGUGGGCAAAGCGAGGGACACGACCUGGGCACAGGUCACCGCUUGUUACUAAUGCGCAUCUAAGUCAGGUCCCCUGUCUGGGGUGCAGGUUCCUUUUCUUUCUUUGAGCGGAGAGGAAUGGGCGGUGUUGUUGAGGUUUUGAGUCGGGCCCCUGUCUGCUUCAAGGGUCUGCUGAACUCACCCGCUCCUAAGAGUCUCAGCCCUAAGUCUGAAACCUUCCCUGGUAAGUGUCUUAUCUACAGUUGAGUUGUUAAGUGUGUUGUUAGGUGCCGUCGAGUCGGUUCCGAUUCAUAGUGACCCUAUAAGGCUGGGUAGAACUGCCCUAUAGGGAAUCCAAGGAGCAGCUGUUGGAUUCGAACUGCCGACCUUUUCACCGCUAUGACACCACUACUUCGAUUUGUUAAUUAGGCUCCUUCGUAGCUUCAAACCCCCUAUGGACUUUUAAUGCAAUUUGACCAAUAAAUCGAAGUUUCUUUUACAAGCUCUUCCCCUCUUCUUUCCCUCUCCUCUUGACUUCCUUCAAAAUAGUGCUGUCCAAGAGAGAUUAGUUGAUGGAGAAAUGUGUAAUGAAAGGACUCUUUCGGGUUAUUUAGUACAUUUUAUGUGGCAUUUUUUUAUUAUCUUCAAGACUAAUGUUUUCUAAUUUUUAUUCCGAAGGUAUCAAGAAACUGAUAAUGUGUCCUUGAAUUUGCUCCUGCUUUUUUUUUUUGCUUCAUCAAUGUCUCUCAUAUUGAAUAUCUUAAGAGAGAUGCUGGACUACUUUGGUGUUCCCAUGGACCAGAUUUUGCCAAUUUGGGAAAAUAAAGAAUAUGGAUCGGCUCGAAGUAUUGUUCGCAUUAUUGGGAAAAUUCUUCCUUUAGAACCUUGUCCAAGGCCUAAUUUUGAGCUGAUCCCAGUCUUCAACUCUGUAGACUCUACUAACCGUGAAUCUAUAGUUCCAUCUUUUGCUGAUAUUUUGUGUGUGGCAAAUGAUGACGAAGCCAGCUCUCUCCGAUUUCGAAAUAGCAUAUGGAAAAAUGAAGAAGAGGAGAAAAUGGAAUUUUUCAAUCCUUUGGAACUAGUUUGUGACCCACUGUCAUCUGAUCUAAGACGUAACAAACCGAUAAAAAAUGAUCUACCUGUAAAUGAUGCCGCAAUUAAAAAAAUAGCUGCCCUUGAAGAUGAGCUAACAUUUCUUCGCUCCCAGAUUGCUGCAAUUGUGGAAAUGCAGGAACUGCGAAAAAGCGCACAUUCUGGCCUCUUUGACUUGAAUGGUGGGCCUAGUGGUUUGGGCCAAGUGGCAUCACCAGAGACUGCUCAGCUGAGGGUUGAAGCCGAUCAGUUUUCAAGUGUUGUGCUUCCCUGUCCUCCUCCACCACCGCUUCCUCCUCAGCCUUCUCUCCAGGCCCCACGUUCUCCUACUGUACAGCCAGGAUCUAAUGUUCGUGAACAGGACAGUUCAGCAACUGAAAUGAAAAAACAGCACACAGGUGCCAGUAAAACUAAUUACAGCCAUCAUGCAAAAAACCAGAGAAAUAAAGAUGUUCCAAAUAUGUUGGAUGUUCUAAAGGAAAUGAAUCAAGUUAAGCUCCGUGCUAUUGAACGGUCACCUGGAGGUAGACCCGUUCAUAAGAGGAAAAGACAAAAUUCACAAUGGGACCCAGUGUCUUUAAUAUCUCAUGCACUUAAGCAGAAAUUUGCAUUCCGAGAAGAUGAUUCCUUUGAGAAAGAAAAUAGGUCUUGGGAGUCUUCUCCAUUUUCUAGUCCAGAAACUUCAAGGUUUGGACAUCAUGCUUCGUAUUCAGGACAGUGAAGGAAACGAAGAACUGAUAAACACAGAAGUUGUUGACCAAGUUAUCAACAAUGAGAGCCGGGUGUACACUUAGAAAGAUUGUGGACAUAUACUGGCGUGUUUUUUUGCUGCAUUUAAAGGAUCUUGUCCUCUGUGGACAGUUAAAUGAAGUCUCUGCACUGGGAUACAUUAGUACAGAGGUUUUGACUCUUUAGAAUACUUGUCUCUGUUUUUGGAAGAUCCCUGGCUACUUAUGGUAGUUAGGCGUAUGGACUUUUAAAAAAUCUAGGUUAAUAUUAUUUAAAGCUGAAUAUGCACAUGGAAUGAUUUUCCUAAGAGCUGAAUAUUAAAUGACUUAAUGUUUUUCAUUAGAGAACAAUAGGGUAUCAGAAACCAUUUUAAUGAAUUAAAGAAUUAAUGAAAACUAAGUCUGUCUUGUACUGCUCAGAAAUGAUAGGAUGUUUAGAUUCUUUAGCAAUUUCUUAAAGCAAUUGUGACCUCCUAAUUUAAGAGGCUUUAUGUCUUUUAAAAAUUGGUAGCUUUUUCGGCUUCAAGCAACUUGGAGAUUUUCAAAGAAGCUAAAAUUAUAAUUUCUUUAUUAAAAUAGUCAUAAUUUGAAUCACAUAGGUUAAGCCUCCUAAAAAUUCUUCCUGAGAUGUUAAAGGUUCUUAUUUGUAGAAACCGAUUUUGCCUGUUAAAUGCUAGAAGUAGAAGUAUUUAAAGAAUCUUCUUCUUGACCAAUUUUGUCUACACUCGUGAUAUAAAUAUAUAUGCAUAUCAUUAUUUUUGUAAAUAAUAAUAGUAGCAUGUAAAAUAAAUGUGUCUUUUGAACUUGGCUGUGUUUGGUUGCAACUGAAAUUCAUGUUUGCUCUGUACUAUUUAAUUCAUAAAGUCUGAAUUUUUUGAGAGUUCUGUAGGUAGUUUCUUGGGUUAUACAAGUGAAAAACACAUAAGUUCGGAAUAGAUAUUCUCUUUCCCUCUUUCAUAUUCUAACGUGAUACUGAAAUUUUCAUGUUUCCCUAGACCCAUUAGCCUUUGCACUGACUGGUCUGGGAGGUUAAGUAACCAUUUUAAUCGACUCGGCACGCACCCAUUUUGCCAGUCUCUACCCUUUCAUAAAAACCCAGGUUGCCCACAGGUUUCCUGUUGCUGUGGCAGAGGGUUGGUUGCCUGGCCCACCUCCAUUUCUCUCCUCUCUCUCUGGCCACCUUCCAGUUAGGGGUGGGCAUGUAGCAGCCAUGUUGUGACCAUGAGGAAAAGGGCUUUGAAUCAUACAGAGCUGUGAACCGUGACCUGACUGAGCCUCUGAAGCAAUGCCAGCAAGAGCUCUCUCCAGACUUAUAUGAGAAACAUACCUUGUGGAUUUUCUGUUGCUUGCAGCCCAAAGCAUUCAUAAUAUAACCAAUAUAGUAUUGUAGUUUUUAUGACUGCGUAUUUUUCCUACUGUGGUUGUUUUCAGAUACUUCUUAUCCUGUUGUUGUUAGGUGCCGUCAAGUCAGUUCCAACUCAUAGUGACCCUAUGUACCACAGAACAAAACACUGCCCAGUCCCGCGCCAUCCUCACAUUGUUAUGCUUGAGCCCAUUGUUGCAGCCACUGUAUCAAUGCAUCUCAUUGAGGGUCUUCUUCUUUUCCACAGACCCUGUACUUUACCAAGGAUGAUGUCCUUCCCCAGGGACUGAUCCCUCCUGACAUGUCCCAAGUAUGUAUCCUACUGCAAUACUUUGUUCUGGUGAUUGUUCCUACCCCUUGUAUACGUUCCUCUCAUCUUGUCUUUCCUCAUCUUUCAUUGUCUUUGGAAGAAUUUUUUUCUCCUGAAACAACUGCUUUUUAGGGGUCUGACCUCCAAGGUAGUCUUGCAUUUUCAGUUGUCUUUUUAAAUUCUGUAUACAAAAAUGUGUAACCAAACCUGCCCCGCCCCUCCCAGUAGAAACCUUUGGAAGAUACCAUUCUGUGCUGAGAGAAGUGUAUUUCUUGACAAAGAGCAAGUUGAUAUUUUAGGGGAGGGGGGCGGCUAUUCUUUUUUUCUUUUGUACUACAGAAUAAAUUUCUUGCCUCUCAAAAGUACAUUUCAGCGCCAUUAUGCACUGGGACUGAGUUGACCUUGGGCUCGCCUCUGUUUAGAAGUAUGACUCCUGCUGUCCUGGGAGACAUGACUACAUGCCCUAAAAUUCCCUACAAGAAGCCUCCAAAUGGCCUAAGCUGGGGCAUCUGAUGACUGCUGUUCCUACUGUAGAGUCCUGAGGGAUGGGGAUUCAGUUUAAGUCCCCAUCGUGAACCUCAUACCUAAAUCCUCUUCAAAAAACUUGGUGCAGAACCGGGCAGCAUUACGUUCUAUUGUACAUAAGGUCACCAUGACUCGACAGCAACUAACAAAAACAUUUAUAAAAUUUAUGUUUGGUUACUUUUUAAAGUUGUCUAAAUAUACCACAAAUGCUGAAACUGUUUCUCUUCUUGCAAGUUAUAUAUGUGAGUUUAAUUUUCCUGACUCUAAAACGUUAAUUCUCACACUCGCCCUAGAAGACUCCCUCCCCUCUUCUCCAUCUCCCUCAGAUGCCCUAGUUAAUCCCUAUAAAGCUAAUAAGGCAUCAGGGCAAAGGCAUUUGACAAAGCAUUCUAAUACUAUUUUGUAUUUGGAAAAAUUAAAAAAAUUGGCUUUAUAAUACGACUUUAGAAGGCUAAUGCCGUUCUAAAUCUUGACUGGUGGAGCCAGGUAGGUGAUAGCAGUGGUUUUCAAGGGAAGGAGGGGGGGCGCGACUUCCCAGCAGUGUAGCAGAAUCUGAAGGGGCCCCCAAGUUGAAAACAGUGGUUCCUUUUGGUGGCAUGGCACUAUUAUGGGGUGGGAGUAUCAACAGGUCUAACUUUUACCGUAAGAAUAUAUUUGUGCUUUAAUUAUGAAAUCUAAACAAUUAGAUUGGAAGAAAACUAGCCAUUUACAUGGAGGAUAAUUUAGAGGGUAGCAAGGGGGAAAGAGGAUUUUAAACAAGUUUUUCUGGGUAUUAGGCACGGACUCACGUCUGAUUGGAGAGGUUAAGAAUACAAUUGGAUUUGUUUUCAGUUACUGGAAAAAAAAAAAAAGGGUUGUGGGAGUAAAGUGUAAGAUUUUUA